AUGCUUUUCUUGUUAUGCUGGACGACCUUUGUUUACUACAUCCUGGCCUACUGGGAGUGGAAUCCCAGCGGGUGGCUAUACAAUCUUGGACUGUACGAUUUUGCUGGCUCUGGUCCGGUCCACAUCGCCAGUGGAUUCAGCGCCUUAGCUUGGUCUAUGAUGCUGGGACCGCGUAUUGCCGAUACCACUGCCACAGAAAGGAAGAAGCUUGUACACUUCAAGCCACACAAUCCUUUUCUCAUGUGCCUUGGAACUGUUCUCAUUUGGUUCGGAUGGUUUGCCUUCAAUGGUGCAAGUACGGCCAACCUAAGUCUUCGAUCCAUAUAUGUCGUCGUCAAUACGAAUCUAGCUGCAUGUGGAGGCGGAAUCUCUUGGGUUUUGAUCGAAUACAUCUACAGCCGAAAGUUCAGCCUUCUAGGCUUUUGUUCUGGCAUUAUAUCUGGCUUGGUCGGCAUCACCCCUGCAGCAGGAUAUGUUCCUGUUUAUGUGGCUGCCCUAGUUGGCUUUUUGACAUCUAUCGCUUGUUUCUACACAAACAAGUACAAGUAUGUUCUUUCUAUCGAUGAGGGUCUCGACAUCUUUGCGAUUCAUGGCGUGGGCGGUUAUGUUGGUGACUUGCUGACGGGCCUGUUCGCGGCGAACUUUGUGCCUGCUCUUGACGGUGUAUCCGGCUCUUCUUAUGCCGGUGGCUGGUGGAAUCGAAACUUCCGUCAGCUUGGACUUCAGUUGGCUGGUGCAACUACAUGUGCUGUCUGGUCAUUCGUUGUGUCUUGCAUACUCCUUUUCAUCAUCAACAAGAUCCCCGGUCUGCACAUUCGUGAGAGCGAGGAAGAUGAGCUGCGCGGGCUCGACCAUAAAUACCUCCACGAUGUCGAUUGGGAUGACCAUUACACGAAUGGCUGGACGACACCUUAUCCACAAACAAAUGAUGGUGUCCCCGUCGUCUCUGGGCUCUCCGUGAACAGGCACCCAGAGCCAGAGCCUAUGGUCACAUCACCAGCGAAGCAAGACUAA